UUAAGCUCCGACGAACAUUUCCGCCGUGUGCUGUGCCAGGUACUGUGGUAUUUCCACGUCGCAUAAAGCUGCUCCACAUCCAGAGUGCCGGCCUUUUAGACCGGGAUUCUCGUCCUUUCGUCUUCUCCUCCAGCUCUCGUCUUUUGUCGGCUUUGUGUUUUAUAUCUGGUACCUUCCUAAGCAGGUGCCUGCCUUGUUCCCGUCCGGGGCCCUUUUUUCUGGCCGCCCGUGCUGCACUGCAAUCUGCCUGCUUUGCCGUGGUAAUUUUGUUGUGUAAAAGGAAGCAGCCCAGAGCAGAAGGACUCACAGACCGCUCCCCCCCCCCCAAAAAAAAAAGCAGGGUGCCCAUCCGUCCUCCCGUCGGCUUUUCCCCUCAUCUUAUUUGCGACUCCGCCGUCUCCGUAUAACUGCCCUCCGAGCCCCCCAUCCUCCCUCCGACGGGCCGUCUUCAGCACCUGAAGGCGCCGCCCACACUCGCGCUCGACGACCCGCCGCCGCCCCUCCAUCGAGACCACGUGCCACCCCACCAAGGAUUGACCUUGACUCAAGUUGGACGCCUGAAGCGCGCGCUCAGCUGCCUCUCGACCCCUUGGACCCGUCCCGGACGCACACUUCCUGUCCGACUCUUGUGGCCCCUGAACUUGUGAACCGACCGAGAAAUUGCCCAACGCUACCUCGACCAAAGCCGUCCGCCGCCCGCGUGCUGCUUGUGAGCUUUCCCGUGUGCCCGACUACUUCUCGUCCACACCACCUUUCGCUUGCCCGGGCACCAACGAGCCCACCGCCCAACCACAGACCGCACAGCCGAAGCCCACCAGGCGAGGCGAGCCCGAACCCACUCCGUCGGCACAUCCCUAGUUCUCUCGCAAAACGAAGAGCGAGUGAGAAAAAAAUAUUCACGAGCUCCCCCGAACGGCGAACCCUUCGGCGCCCCGAACUACCAGCCAUGGCCGAGAAACCCUCGGUCCUCAUCAUAGGAGGGCUGGGGUACAUUGGCCGAUUCCUGGCCCUCUACAUCCACCAAAAUGAGCUCGCCUCCGAGGUGAGGCUGGUCGACAAGGUUCUUCCCCAGUUGGCCUGGCUCGCCCCCGAGUUCAGCGCCGCCUGCUCUACCGACAAGUUUGUCCAGGCCGACGCCAGCAGAGAACAGUCUCUAGCACGCAUAUUCGACCGCGCCGACGGAAAACAGUGGGACUAUGUCUUCAACUGCGGUGGCGAGACCAGGUACUCACAGGAGGAUGAAGUCUACAGGCUGCGCUCGCUCGCCCUGUCGCUCGCCGUCGGCAAGGAGUCGGCCAAGCGCAAGGUCAAGCUCUUUGUGGAGCUGAGCACCGGCAUGAUCUACAAGCCCGACUCGCAGCCCAGCAAAGAGGGGGACAAGCAGAAGCCGUGGAGCAAAAUCGCUGUCUUCAAGCAGCAGGCCGAGGAGCAGCUCUCCAAGAUCGAGGGUCUGAACCUCGUCAUCGUACGACUGGCGCACGUGUACGGGCCGUAUGCAUCUCAAUGGGUUGCGACGGCUCUCUGCAUGGCGCGUGUGUACAAGGAUAAGAUGUACGACAUGAAGUGGCUGUGGACCAAGGACCUCCGCACCAACACGGUGCACAUACACGACGUCUCCCGCGCGCUCUGGGCCAUCGCAGCCUGGUACGACGCCGGCAAGGCAAAGUGGGAUGCGGCCUCGAUGGGUGUCGUUCCCACCUUCAACGUUGUCGACAAGGGCGUGACCACGCAGGGCGCCAUGGCGGACCUGAUCGGCCAAAUCUUUGAGAUCGAUACGGGCUUCCAGGGUCAACUGAUCAGCACGUUUGCCAAGCUCAACAUGGACAACGUGGUUGAUGAGGUCAACGACAACAUGCUGGGGCCCUGGGCCGACCUGCUCCAGAAGGCCGGCAUCAGCCGUCCCGGGCCUCUGACGCCCUUUAUGGAGAAGGAGCUGCUCAAGGACACGGACCUGAGCAUGGACGGCAGCCGGCUCGAGUCAGUCGUCGGCUUCACGUAUGAGCGCCCCAAGAUGACCAAGGAGCUCCUCGAAGAGGUGAUUGAGAGCUACAAGAGGAUGAGAUGGUGGCCCGAAUGAUUUGGCUCCAGGGAUAUCGUUUCGCCAAUCUCGCGACCGGCCACCACGACCAAAUAUCGACUGCUCACGGCUUGGAGGAGACAAGAGGCCAUUACGUCAUUUCAGGCGGUUCCGGUUUAGGGAUGGGCAACGCGACACGGCCCUUCUCUAACUUGGUGGGUGAGAGCGUGCGCACCGCCGGCCGAGUGCUCGACAAAUCCCUCUCUCUUCCUCCAUCCCCUCACGAAUCGACCCGCCCUGGCGCCCCCUCUGAUGAUCACGAGGCGGUUCUCGGCGCCGUCAAGCGCCAAGAAGCGUAUUUUGGAAAAGGAGCCGAGCGACGUGACCAGGUUUGGUCUGCUCCCCUACAGCUCGGUGGACGCAAGAGCUGAACAUGCAAGUAAAAAAAGAAGGAAAAAAAGCGAAGCGGAAAGGAGAGAGAAAAUCAUCAAGAAAAGCAGGCCAAUGGUGUUUCGGAUUUUACCAUGUUUUACGGGUUGCUCCUCGCGAAAGCGAUACCGAGUGCCCGUUCCCAAUUUUCUUUUUCAGUUCCGGAGUCCCAGGCCGACGGGUUUUUUGGGACCCGAUGUAUUAUCAUUGAUAUCCGUCUAAUGUUUGUUGAUACACCAUUUCCCGCACCAGCUUCCCCUGCAUUCAUGCCUCUUUUUCUAGCACUUGUUCAUUCCUGUUAAGCCUACACCCCGGGACCUACCUAGCUUAACCAAGCAAUCGCCAUGGCGCGGAUAGACGUAAAAGAGGGAGGUCGUCGUGUGGGGGUACGUCAUACGCUGUACGACGGAAGUUGUCAGGCAGGGUACCUACAGUACUGAUGUGCGUACCAAGGCAUGCACAAGCAACCUCCCGGGUCUUGGCAACCGAGGUCUCUCUUGGUCUGGUGUUGAGCUUUCCCCUUGCUUUGUUAACGAACGGCUUGUGUGCGUCCAAUCGGCGGGCUUUCGCGCUUUCUAUUUCGGUGACUGAUGCAUAUCGUGCGUCUUUCCAAAGCUCCUCCCCAAACACCUGGGACGGGAGGGACUCAUUCAAGUUUGACAAGCGACAGGACUUUGCGGAUCCUUAUUUUCUUCGUCCCAUCUGCCCGUAGUCCGUUUUGCGUGUGCUCUGACCUCAGAGGGCGGGGUACUAUUUUGGGUAUGCUAGGUAGGUGGUAGGUACCUGGUAGUAGGUAGCAUGUGCCUCGGCACGAUGGUUUGGUGACACGCCAACGGUGCACGUUCUCUGGUGACGAUCCCACCCAUCACAUCACCUGGGUACCCCUCAGGCAGGCAGGCAGGCAGGCAGGCCAUACGUCCGUUCCAGCUUCGGACC